AUGAACGUCGAGAUUGCUGCUUACAUCGCUGGAGGAAUGUUCAAUGAAGGCUACAGUGCAGUAUUGAAAACCAUGCAGUUACUGGAUUUGAAAAUAGGACAGCAAUGCAACAAUUUCGCCAAGGGAGUCGACAAGGAGCGCGUCACCCGACAACACAGGCGCGAUUCAUUUUCAAGUAAAGAGGCCAGAACAGCCCGCCGACUCGAACAUCAGGGCGAAAACCAGUUUUUUGAAGAGUCUGAAGGGCAACUCUAUGGACCAGGAAUCGCUGAUUAG